ACUACACUUCCCACAUCUAGCAAGAAAUAAUAACGUGAUAGAUAACUAACAUGGCCUUUCUCUCGCGGAGAGCAGGAGCUGAAUCGUUGCUAGUAAAGCAUUAUCAUCUAAAAUGAACCGGUUAUCUGUUGGACAAAACGUUAUUUUACGAUGGAGAAGAUAAAGUCACUUAUGGCCCGGCAGGGUCUGACAAGCCCACAGAAGAGCAUGGCAGACCUCAGCCUUGUGGAGAACUUCAGGACCUCAAGCAAUGAGGAGUUGAGGGAGAUGAGGGAGCAGCCCAUCGACCCCCAGGCAGAGCAGGAGAUCAUUAACAGCAUCCAGGAGGUCUACUACUCUGACGACUCCUUCGACAUGGUGCAGCACGGGCUGGAGAAACUCCCAACUGAGCUGAACCUGCAGGAGCUGGCGGAGUACAGAAACAAGCUGAAGAACCAACAAGCAACGGUUUCCAAAAAGGUUGCCGAUCUUAUCCUGGAAAAACAGCCAUCCUACAUCAAGGAGUUAGAGAGGGUGACGUCCUUACAAACCAACCUACAGCUGGCUGCAGUAAUCUGCACCAACGCUAGGAGGCAGCUGAGUGUUUCCAAGGAGGACUUCACUGAGGCCAGCCUGGGGCUCCUAGCCAAUCAGAGGAGGAGACGGCUGCUGAAGUCACUGAGGACCAUCAAAACCCUGCAAAGGACUGAUGUUAGACUCAGUGAGAUGCUGGAGGAGCAGCUGGAUGUGGCCCUGUCCAAAACCUGCAAGCACUUUGACGUCUCCCACUACACCAGAGUUCAGCUGGCGUACACCGUCCUGGGAAAGAGCCAGACGGCCAUGGACCAGGUCCACAUGCACUUCACCCAGGCCAUCCAUAACACUAUGUUCCAGGCGGUUCUGGGAUACGUGGAGCUCUGCGUAGGCAACGCCGACACCAAGUUCCAGAAGAUGCAGUACAGGGACCUCUGCACGCACAUCACUCCAGACAGCUAUUUCCCCUGUCUGAGCGACCUGUGCAAGGCAUUAUGGGAAGUGAUGCUCAGCUAUCACCGGACCAUGCAGUGGCACGAGAAGCACGACAAGGAAGACUCCGGAACCGCCACAGAUGAGACGGGUGCCGCAGACACUGCAGAGGCGGUUGUUGACCACAGCUAUGUGAAGAAGAAGCUGGAACAUGGCCUCACUCGAAUCUGGCAGGCUGAUGCAAUUGGGGGAGGAUUCUGUGGCAGUAAGUCCGAGUUGCUACAGGAGUCCAUUAAACGUCAAAGUGUCAACUACUUCAAGAACUAUCACAGGACACGCCUGGAGGAGUUGCGGAUGUUUCUGGAGAACGAGAAGUGGGAACGGUGUCCUGUCAACAUCACUCAGCUCCACGAGUUUAAGUUCAUGGGUCAGUGCCGGUCCCCCUCAGUGUCUCCCAGUAGACAGGUGUUGUCCAGUCAGGACCAGGAAGUCCUGUCUCUUUUUGAGCUCUUCAGCCAGGAGGGGAACCCCUUUGAGAGGCACAUCGACAGCAAGGAUGAGGAGACUGAGGACGUGCUGGCCUCCAAUGGGUUUGAGUCAGAUGAGCUGAAGAAGAGUGUCUACCAGGACUACGACAGUGACAGUGACGUCCCUGAUGAACUCAAGCAGGACUACGUGGACGAGCAGACCGGAGACAUCCCUCUCAAGAGGUCAGGUCAAAGGCCACAACGUCAUGAUGUCAUAUCCCCCCAUCAAGGGAGACGCUGCGCAGCAGGAAGAAGUCGGACUACAGCCUUAACAAGGGUGCCAAUGCUCCCAUCCUGACCAACACAACCCUCAACGUGAUUCGCCUGGUCGGUUAAAUACAUGCGGAUGAUGAACAUUCUGAAGCCUAUAGCGUUUGAUGUCAUCCACUGUGUUUCCCAGCUGUUUCAUUACUACCUGUAUACUACCUGUAUGCUGUCUACACCUUCUUCAGCCGCAGCGAUAUGGUACGGAAAAAUACUACGAAGCUAUUUCAAUGGAGAUUAUUCAUUGACCAUGCAUUUUAGUCCAGGACUAGGCUUAACCUGUGUCCGGGAAACUGGCCAUGAGGGUCUUUUACACAACCAUACAUGACAGACCUGUUUUUGUAUGUGACAGACUUGCAUUAUGUUCAUUAGUGUCCCCAAUGUGAAUGUUUUCCAUGUUUCUCAAAUGUUAUCUUAUAUAUUAUUUACCACUCAAUUAUCUGUAUGUGGUGACUGCUUCUAUGUUCCACCUCUUGUACACACAUCACUCAUUGGACAUUGUCAGUGGGGCUGUAGCUGAAAUCACCUAAGAUUGCUUUUCCCUUCUGUUGAGCCAGUGUAUGAGAGAGCACUGUAUUAGUGCUUAUGGUGUUCAAAUAGAGUUGGAAUGAAUGAGAGUGUCUUCAGAACAAGUCACCCUCCUUGAAAACAUUGCAUUGUUACAGAUAUUACAGAUCUUUUCAGACUGUUCAGUAAGAUAAGGGACACUGAAGUGCUAACUGGUCUGUUUACUAAGGAGAUGAUCGUGGACUUCAGGAAACAGCAGAGGGAGCACCCCCCUAUCCACAUCGACGGGACAGUAGUGGAGAGGGUGGAGAGUUUUAAGUUCCU